AUGCCACCUCGCAAGAACGAAGGCACCAAGGGCAAGGGUACCAAGCGUGCGAAGAUCACACACCCUCCAGCAUCGGAUGCUGGCGAGUCCUCACGAACCUAUGACCAGGACUCCCAACCUGUAUCACAUCGUACACGAGGAAAGAGGAACCGACCCAUCAUCCCAGACUCUGAUGAGGAGCCGGCCACUGAGUACGAGACAGAAGACGGAAGCCCCGUUCCAUCGCAGUCUCAAAUCAACUCGGAUUUGAACGACAACGUCACCGUGCAGCCGCCCGGGCUGUUGCUAUCAGUUUUCAGCGAGCCGGCCUCUGCAACUUCACAUUUCAGCGAGCCGGUCUCUGCAUCUUUACCUUUCAGCGAGUUGGUCUCUGCAUCUGGAUAUCGCCCACCUGCUUACGAAGAACACCUCACGAUAUCGACCCAGCUCUGUCAAGAGCUCCCUUCCAAGCUCGAUGAAGCGAACUACGUCCCGCUUAGUGACAUAUUGGAGAAGUUUGAAUCCAUCGUUCCUACGCUUACUGGAAGACAUCUUCACUGCAAGACUGCGCCGAUCCGCAAGAUUCAAGUAUUUGGGGAACUGAAACGCAUCCAUGGAAUAAUGCAGCUACAUACUGAUGCUCACAUCGUCAAACUGGAGGCGUUCCUUGCUCGAAUACGCGUUGAGGAAAAGAAGCUCUGGGAGAGUUACUGGGGUUGA